CGUGUUUGUGCUCAGUUGACCACCGUGAAGCAGUCUGCCGCAACAGAUAAGAUCAGUUGGCCUACAGAUACAGACAGACAAAUAACUGCAGAACACAAUACAAAACAGUAUCGGAAACCUGCUCAAUCAGAUUCACUUGUAGCAUUACUUUGGGGACUUUGAGGGGUGCGUAAUGGGCGAUGCGUAAUUUGGCGACGCACCAGGAGCGGUCAAUGCGCCCCGGUGCCUCUAUCUCCCCUGCAGCCCUGCUUGGCGACGGGCCCGUCCUCUUGGCUGCAGACAGACAGGAAUACUUGUAGCGACGUGCCCGGUAGGAUCAACACAUCAAACAAACAACUGGAAGAGCUGGUGCCAUACUCGCUCUCACCUGUUGAGUGUACAGUAUGUGUAAACCCCAAAUCCACAGGGAUUAACCGCUGGAAGUGGACUACAGACAGCUGUUUUGACAUCUGGAAUCACCUGAUCAGUGGGUGGAAUGAUCUGGAUGAGUGUUUGAUUAAAACUCGACCUUUAAGCAGGCGAAAGAGAGUGAGAAUGAGCGGAGAGGACACUGGAGUGCAGAGCAUCCGAGAAGCACUCGCAAGGCACGAUGAGGAGGACGAGGACGAGGACGAGGAAGGACAGACGUCAGAGGAUGAGGAUGAGGAGCCCAGAGCCUGCGGUGUGUGUGGAGAUCUGGCCAAGGGUUACCACUUCAAUGCCUUGACGUGUGAAGGCUGCAAGGGCUUCUUCAGACGUGCCAUAAAGAGGUCAACGCAGCUCCGCUGUAGGUUCCUGAACAAGUGCCCUAUAACCAAAAACAACCGACGGUCGUGUCAAGCCUGCCGUUUCCGUAAAUGCCAGGCCAUAGGCAUGCGCCAAGAAAUGGUCAUGUCUGAGAAGGAGGUAUUGGAGAGGAGGGUCCGAAAGCAGACGAGGAAGAAGAUUGACGCAACAAUACAGCUUUCAUCCCAACAGGAGGAAAUGGUUCAGGAGCUACUCUGUGGCCACCGCAACUCCUUUGACUUUUACCGCUUCAGUGGCUUCAGGCCCAUGGACAGAAAUGUCCUUCCUGCGAGUGAGUGCGAUCAGCCUGAAAGCUCCCUCUGUUCCCUCUCGCCCUCCUCCUCCUCCUCUUCCAGUCUCUCUGGUUCCUUUGAAAAACCAGAGAACCAAGAGGUCAGAAAAGGCAAUGUUUUCACUGCUCUCCCACACGUGGCUGACCUCAUGACUUACAUGAUUCAGGACGUCAUUAGUUUCUCCAAAAGUCUCCGGGACUUCCGAUCUCUAAACAUGGGGGACCAAAUUGCUCUGUUGAAGACAGCCACAUUUGAAAUUAUGCAGAUUCGCUUCAACAUGGUGUUCAAUGAAAAAACAGGCAUCUGGGAAUGCGGACAUUUUAAAUACUGCAUAGACGACGCCGUACGAUCGGGUUUCCAGCCGCUCCUGCUGGAUCCUCUGCUCAGAUUUCACCACACACUACGCAAACUGGGCCUUCAGGAGGAAGAGUACGUUCUCAUGCAAGCCAUGUCCCUGUUUUCUCCAGACCGUCCUGGUGUGGAGCAACACGCUGUGAUUGACGAGCUUCAUGAAAACUUGGCGCUGACACUAAAAACCUGGAUUGACUGCAAGAGGACAGGACCAGCAAAACACUUGCUGUACCCCAAAGUGAUGGCCUGUCUCACCGAGAUGAGAACAAUGACUGAGGAGUACAGCAAACAGGUUCUGCAGCUCCAGGACAUCCAGCCAGACAUUAUCUCGCCUCUCAUAAUGGAGAUAGUCAGUAAAAAACCCUGUACUGACUCCUAAUACUGACAUCUACUGUCCAUGGACAGGACCAACUGAAUGGGCUCAUAAAGCAAAGUAUUCUGUUUUUAUUGUCGUACAAAUGUGUCGAAAUACAAAAAAAAAAAAAAAAUGCAUUUCCGUCAUGUGAAAGCAUAGACCGCACAAAAUCCUGAACAGAUGAAGAUGAUUGUAAAGCUCACUGUCUGAGUCCUGCUGAAAUGUAAACUAUCAUCUGCUCUCUGCACACUACGCCAAAGACGCCACAAGCGAAGCAGCAUUAGGUUUUAAGAAGUUUGUUUUGUUAAGUGGUUACAGUACGGGUGGAUUAUGGUGGAUUUGAUGUGCUAUUUGUUUUGCUUACAGUAAGAACACACUGUGUGUCUACGAGUGAAUGUUGACGAAAAGUUGUGAGGUUUCAUGUUUGUCUAAAUGUUACCCUCCGAAUUGCCAGAGAAGUGUGUUUUCUCAGAGAAUGUAAAGAGCUGCAGUUGCAAUACAAUCUUUCCGUUUCUACUUGUUACCUCAGGUUAUUGUUUUGAUGCCACCAUGUGAAACCAAAAAUGCUUUAUUGUAAAUAAAACUGCUCCUCAAGUUGAA